AUGUGUAGUAUACUGUCAAAAUUCCUAAAAUCAAGUUUAAACAUCGAUUUACUUGUUGCAAAUCACAGCCAAAUACGGUCAUUCACUGUCAAACCAUAUGUGAAAGGGUUGCGUAGAGCAGAAUUUACUAAUGAAUUAAACGUUAUACGGGAUUCUCAGGUUAUACCAAUUUAUAGGAUUUUAGAUACAAAUGGUAAACUUGAAAAUGGACAUACUUGCCCUUUUGACUUACAUAAGGUUGUAGAGUACUAUAAGGAUAUGAUUAGACUUAGCAUUUGUGAUAAUAUCUUCUAUAAUAUCCAACGCCAAGGCCGUAUCUCCUUCUACAUUCAGAAUCAAGGCGAAGAAGCCACUCAGCUUGGCUCAGGUUUAGCCUUGCAACAGCAAGACCAUAUAUUUGGCCAAUACCGUGAAUUAGGAGUGUUGUAUUGUAAGGGAUUCUCAAUGGAUGAUGCUUUGGCACAACUUUUUGGCACUGCUGGUGAUGAGUGUAAGGGAAGACAAAUGCCAAUUUCCUACUGUAAAAGACAAUCUAAUAUACAUGCCAUUUGCACUCCGCUAACUUCACAAUUACCUCAUGCAUCAGGAGCUGGGUAUGCCUUUGCAAUUCAAAAUAUGGAUGCGGUGGCUGUAACUUAUUUCGGUGAAGGCGCUGCGUCUGAGGGUGAUUUUCAUGCUGCCCUUAAUUUUGCAGCCACGUAUAAGUCCCAAACUAUGUUUAUGUGCAGGAACAAUGGAUAUGCCAUUAGUACCCCGGUUCAUGAUCAAUAUGCCGGGGAUGGGAUAGCAAUUCGAGGCGUUGCCUACGGAAUGCCGACAAUACGUGUUGAUGGCAAUGACUUAUUUGCAUGUUACUUGGCCACUAAAGCAUGUAGGGAGAUUUGUGUGAAUGAAAAGACGCCAGUCUGCAUGGAAUUUAUGACAUACAGAUUGGGGCAUCACAGUACUUCAGAUGAAUCGUCACAGUAUCGUGGUGCUGGAGAGCUUGAAGUUUGGGGUUCAACUGGAGUAAAUCCCAUAAUUCGAUUGAAGCUAUUUCUGGAGUCACAAGGCUUAUGGGAUGAUGAUAAGGACAAAGAGUUGAGAAAGAAGGAAAAAUCAAUGAUAUUGGAAAAAAUUAGACAUCAUGAAAAGAUGAAAUCUGUUGAUAUAAUCCCUGGAAUUUUUGAUGACGUGUAUAGUUACGAGCCGUGGCAUAUAAAAGAGCAAAGAGAAGAACUUGCAAAUCAUCUAGCCAAACAUUCUUCAAAGUACAAUAUGGAAAAAUUUGAAAAGAUACAAUAA